AUGCAGAACAGCAGCGGGUCCGUGUCGUCUGCAGACUACAGUGCGUGUGGAGGAGAUGAGGAUGAAGGUGACAUCUCCAAACUCAACCCCGGAGACGUGGCGCACAACCUGGGCACACUCAACCUGUCGCUGCACUGCUGGCUCCAGAUACUUUCGAAGGAAUCCACGGUGGAUCUUCAUGGAGACAGCGCCAACCUUGCGGUGCGUGUCCUCAUUUCCUUGGUGUACCUGGUGGUGUGCGUGCUGGGGCUGGUGGGAAACCUUCUGGCCCUAUUCUUGCUCCACUCUCGUCGCCGUGGACACCAUCACUCCUCCAUUGACAGCUUUGUGAUGAGCCUGGCUCUCACAGACCUCCAGUUUGUACUCACUCUUCCGUUCUGGGCUGUGGAUACAGUGCUGGACUUCCGCUGGCCCUUUGGCAGAGUUAUGCGUAAGAUAGUGAGCUCAGUGACUACACUCAACAUGUAUGCAAGUGUUUUCUUUCUGACCGCCAUGAGUAUGACACGCUAUCAUUCUCUCGUCACCUCUUUGAAGAUGGAGAGUCCCCGGAUUUCCAAAGCUCGUGCAAAAUGGGCCAGUUUGGCCAUUUGGGUGGUGUCAGUGGUGGCCACUCUACCCCAUGCUCUCUACUCAACAACAGUACAGGUGUCUGCUGAAGACGAACUGUGCUUGGUUCGUUUCUCCGACUCAGGACAGUGGGACCCGCAGGUCUUGCUUGGACUCUAUCAGACACAAAAGGUACUAUUGGGAUUUGUAGUUCCCUUGACCAUCAUCAGUGUGUGUUACCUUCUUCUACUACGAUUUGUCCUGAAUCGGCGUGUUGUGGCCAGUGUGGUAAAUGAGAAUGUGAUGGAAAAGACUGAGAGUGAGAUGGGGCGACACCGCAGGCGCUCCAAAGUCACUCGCUCUGUGACCAUCGUGGUGCUGUCCUUUUUCAUCUGUUGGCUUCCCAACCAGGCACUCACGCUCUGGGGCGUGCUCAUUAAGUUUGAUUUAGUUCCAUUCAGUAAGGCCUUCUACAACGUACAAGCCUAUGCUUUUCCCUUGACCGUGUGUCUGGCUCAUACCAACAGCUGCCUCAACCCAGUGCUCUACUGCCUCAUCCGCAAAGAGUACCGCGCCGGCCUCAAGAACAUGCUACUGCGAGUGUCCCGCUCUGUGCGCACAAUUCUGACCCGUGCUCUGAGGGGCAGGAGAGUGGAGGGGGCCGCACCAGACCUAUAG